AUGGGAAAGUCAACAAAAGACAAGCGCGACAUCUACUACCGCCAGGGCAAGUCCGAAGGCUACCGAGCUCGAUCAGCAUACAAGCUUCUCCACCUUAAUGAGCAGUACGGCUUCUUGGGCGGCGCAGAAGGGUAUGCACUCGAUGCCGCCGAAGGAUCGUCCUCAUCCUCUUCAUCAGCAUCUGCAAACCAGCUCGACUCGUCCUCUCAGAAGCGCUUUCCGACGCCGACGAGAGUGGUCGACCUAUGCGCUGCACCCGGAUCCUGGUCGCAGGUCCUCUCUCGGCGUCUCGCCUCCGUCCCCGGCUCCCAUCUCGUCGCUGUCGACCUGCAGGCCAUGGCACCACUCCCUGGCGUCACACAGAUCAUCGGCGACAUUACUACUCCAGCCACGGCAGACGCGGUCAGCGUGGCCCUUUCCGACGGACCUUCACCCGAUGCAAAGGGCAAAGGCAAAGCCCGAGCCCAACUCAUCGUCUGCGACGGUGCACCAGACGUGACAGGUCUCCACGACCUUGACGAGUACCUUCAAUCACAGCUCCUGCUCGCUGCGACGCAGAUUACCUUCCGACUUCUCGAGGUGGGCGGCACGUUCGUCGCCAAGAUCUUCACGCAGCAUCCGCAGGCCGGGUUGGGAGCCUCGCUGGGCAACAUGGAUCUCAAGGGUGCCAGACCAGCGACGUCGGGUGCACUGCUGGCGGAUCAGCUCAGGACCUUCUUCGACAAGGUAGACAUUGCUAAGCCCAGAAGCUCAAGGUUGGGUAGUGUCGAGCAUUUCUUAGUGUGCUUGGGAUUCAGGCCUCCGCAGGGCUUGCCGGCUGGGAUUGUGGGGAGCCUGGCGGAACUACCAUCAGUAGCGGACGGGACAGAUACUAGGAUAGAGGACGAGGCGAGGGAGGACCUCGUUCGAUACGCUCAGAAGCUCAGGUCACAGCUUGAGCGUCCUGACGCUUUUCACGGGCUCACACAAUCGACGACGAAGGAGCUUUCAGCAACACUGCCAUUCGUAGCAUACGGCGAUCUUAGCGGCUUCGACCAGUAG